CCCUUCGUCGCGGCCUAGUCGCGUCAGAAGCCGUCGCCGGAACAAGCGAGGCCGCGGCGGGCUGGUUGCCUGUGUUUGUGUGCGAGAGUGUUUGUGUGUCGUUUCCCCCUCCGACGCGUGCCUGGAGAAGCCGGGCGGGCAAGCAGGCGCCGCUAUGCUGGCUGGCUGGCGGCGGGUGGCGCGGACUACCGUGAGCGGCUUGAGGCGAGCGGGACUGGGCCGGGUCGGCGGCUGCACGCCCGCUGCCAAGCGAUGGGUCAGCACCAGCUGGUCCCCGGUGGGGGCUGCUUUCAACGUGCAGCCGCGGCACCAGCAGCCGCGCCGGCGGGAAGGGGAGAGAAAAACGGGUUUGUUUGGUGUACCAGAGUUAACUUGUCCAGAAGGAUUUCAAGAAGCUCAAGAAAAAUCAUUACAAGAAGCAGAACGUCUAGUACAACAAGCAUGUAUUACACCUCCUGGAAAGGAGAUAGUAAUAUUGUUUGAUCAGCUUUCAGAUGCCCUGUGUAGAGUAGCUGAUCUGGCUGAUUUUGUGAAAAUUGCCCAUCCUGAUCCUGCUUUCAGAGAGGCUGCUGAGGAAGCCUGCAGAAGUAUUGGUACUAUGGUAGAAAAAUUAAAUACAGAUGUAGACUUGUGUCAAAGUCUGAGAAAAUUGUUGGCUGAUAAAAAUGUUAUGGCUUCCCUUGAUUCAGAAACAAGGCGAGUGGCAGAACUUUUCAUGUUUGAUUUUGAGAUCAGUGGUAUUCACCUGGAUGAUGAACAGCGCAAGAGGGCAGUAAAUCUCAAUGUGAAAAUACUGGAUUUAUGUCAUCAAUUUCUUAUUGGAGCUCAUCUUCCCAACAAGAUUGACAAGCACAUUUUGCCAGAACAUAUUCGCCAUAACUUUGCAACUGAAGGCGAUUAUGCCCAAAUCAGUAGUCUCAGUGCAGAUAGUCCAGAUGAUCUGGUACGGGAAGUUGCCUACAAGGUUUUUCUGUAUCCAAACGCUCAACAACUAAAUUGUCUAGAGGAAUUGCUUACCUGCAGACAUCUUCUGGCCCAGUUAGUUGGAUAUGAUACGUUUGCUCACCGGGCUCUUCAGGGAACGAUGGCCCAAACCCCAGAGAAAGUCAUGCAGUUUCUUAUAAAACUUUCAGAGAAGUUAUUUAGUCGAACCCAAAAGGAUUUUGAAAUGCUGGAUCACAUGAAAAUGAAGCUAAAUCCUAUCAGAUCAAAACUGAUGCCUUGGGAUCACCCAUAUUAUAGUGGUGUUCUGCGUUCCGAGAGGUAUAAUAUUGAGCCCAGCCUGUAUUGUCCCUUUUUCUCUCUUGGAGCUUGUAUGGAAGGUCUGAAUGUCUUGUUCAGUAAACUCUUAGGAAUUUCUCUCUAUGCUGAGCAGCCUGAGAAAGGAGAGGUGUGGAGCGAGGAUGUUCGCAAACUGGCUGUAGUCCAUGACCAAGAAGGAUUAUUGGGCUAUAUCUACUGUGAUUUCUUUCACAGGCAAGACAAACCUCAUCAGGAUUGUCACUUUACAAUACGUGGAGGCAGACUGAAAGAAAACGGAGAAUAUCAACUUCCUGUUGUAGUCCUUAUGCUAAGUUUGCCUCAUUCUACAAGUGGUUCACCCACAUUGUUAACUCCUGGAAUGAUGGAGAAUCUCUUCCAUGAAAUGGGACAUGCUAUGCAUUCUAUGCUGGGAAGAACUCGAUACCAACAUGUCACAGGGACAAGAUGUUCUACUGACUUUGCUGAAGUGCCCUCUAUCCUGAUGGAAUAUUUUGCGAAUGACUAUCGAGUGGUGAACCAAUUUGCAAGACACUAUAAAACAGGACAGCCACUGCCCAAAAACAUGGUGUCAAGACUCUGUGAAUCUAAAAAAGUUUGUGCUGCUGCUGAUAUGCAGCUUCAGAUUUUUUAUGCUGUUUUGGACCAAAUAUACCAUGGGAAGCAUCCUCUGGAGAAGUCGACCACAGACAUUUUAAAAGAAACCCAAGAGAAGUUUUAUGGACUGCCAUAUGUUCCUAAUACUGCCUGGCAACUCAGGUUCAGCCAUCUUGUGGGUUAUGGUGCCAAGUAUUAUUCCUAUCUCAUGUCUCGGGCUGUGGCAUCCAUGGUAUGGAGGCAGUGCUUUGUGCAGGACCCCUUGAACAGGGCAAUGGGUGAACGUUACCGCAGAGAAAUGCUGGCACACGGUGGAGGAAAAGAACCCAUGCUCAUGGUUCAAGGUAUGCUUCAGAAGUACCCAUCACUGGAAGACUUUGUGGAUGCCCUUGUUUUAGACUUAAAUCAAGACUUUGAAGCAUUCUCUGAAUAACAGAGAAACAAUUUAAAUGUUUGAAUGAAGUAAUUUUGUAAUAUAGCAUACAACAAUGUGUGUAGCAUUUCUGUGAAUUACAUUGCCAACUCUUAAUGAGCAUUUGUAAAAGUGCUUAUCAAAAUAAAUGGUUUGCCUAGAGAGCAAAAUGUUCUUCUGUUACAGAAUGAUUAUGGCUUUGAAAUGCUUUGCAUAGCAGCUCACAUGUUUGAAAAUAUAUUCCUUUGAAUAUAAGCGUAUGUUCAUAGGCAUCUACCUCCUCCCAGUGUUCAGUGCAUAUGAGUAGGAUCAUGUUUUAUAGGCAUGUUCCUUGUACUGCAUAACAGAGUCUUUAGUAUGAAGAAGGAGCUGCCUACAACUUAUUGACCAGGGCUCCAGAUGCACUACAGCUGUGUGUACAUACAGUGCUCAACCAAUAUGUAACGUACCCGUUAAUGAGUUGAUUGAAGGGGAGGACUUACCCCUUCUAUGGUUGCAUCAUCAACCUUUUAUUUAUCUACUUAAGAUUAUAAAAUAAUCAUUUUUACAAGUGGAUAGAAA